UCCGCCGAGCACCGCCCAUUCCCAACGAAAAUAACCACGAUUUCUGGUGUUUUCGUCCUAUCUAAUUAGCCAUCGACUCUGUCUUCUGCUUCCAAUUUUCACCGCGGCGGAGGAGUCAAAAGGCGAAACGCCACCAUCUUGAAACCCACAAGGCCAAAAACAAAAGAAAAUGGGCGAAGAAGGGAAAAAUAGAGGCGCCACCUCCAACUCCUACCCUCAAGGCCAAUAUCAAUACGGCACUUUUCAAGGCGUCGCCAACUACUAUCCUCCUUUCACUCUACAACCGCCUCAGCCGUUAGUUGGCUUGCCUCAGCCCGCUCCUCCGCCGGGUUACGCCAACCCCUAUGUCCACAGCUACCAGACCGUUACAGGUUACCCUGUUGAAGAAGCCGCACCCUUGAGGCAACGUCGCCUUCCUGUUUGUGGCCUUGGAAUGGGUUGGUUAUUGUUUUUUCUUGGCUUCUUCUUUGGUGGUAUUCCCUGGUAUAUUGGAACUUUUAUUCUACUCUGUGUCCAAGUGGAUUAUAGAGAAAAGGCAGGAUACCUCGCAUGUGCAAUUGCUUUUCACCAGUACCAGGUUGUUGGGAGGGCCCUCCCAACGGAGAGCGAUGAGCACCCCAAGAUUUUCAGGAUGAAGCUUUGGGCCACCAAUGAGGUUCGGGCCAAGUCCAAGUUCUGGUACUUCUUGAGGAAGCUGAAGAAGGUUAAGAAGAGCAAUGGUCAAGUACUUGCCAUCAAUGAGAUUUUUGAGAAGAAUCCUACCAAGAUCAAGAAUUAUGGUAUUUGGCUUCGCUAUCAAAGCCGCACCGGUUAUCACAACAUGUACAAGGAAUACCGUGACACUACUUUGAAUGGAGCUGUUGAACAGAUGUACAAUGAGAUGGCUUCUCGCCACAGAGUAAGGUUCCCUUGCAUCCAGAUUAUCAAGACUGCAACCAUCCCAGCUAAGCUAUGCAAGAGGGAUAGCACCAAGCAGUUCCACAACUCCAAAAUCAAGUUCCCCUUGGUGUUCAAGAAGGUGAGGCCACCUACCAGGAAGCUGAAGACAACCUACAAGGCAUCAAGGCCCAACUUGUUUAUGUAAUUUCUCUCAUUUGAUAAAGGAGAGAGUUAAAGGUGGUUCUAGUUCUGAAUUUUUUUGUAGUGUACUUCUAUCAGUUUGUUGAUCGGAUAUUUGUUUUAAUUUGAGAAGCCAAGGCUGUUAGACAGGUUGAACUUAGUUCUUUUGGGUUUCAAUAACACAUUUUGUUUAUUUAUA